AUGGAAUUCGGCUCUUUUGUGUUUGGCCUCAUGACGCAUCAGUGCACACAAACAGCAGCACUACUCAAUUAUGACGGCAAAUCCUUCCCAGUCGCUGGCAUCGCCGAGGUCUUGGGCGCCCUUUACCCAACGCCUAGAGAGCUACAGACCCACAUGGACACAGACACAGGCAGAUGCACAUUUUUAGCAACUUUCUGCGCCCGCGGCACACUUUACCGACUGAUAGAACACCGAUCAAUGCCAAUAUACGGAAGAGCUAUCUGGCUAUCCGUCUGUAUGUUUAUUCAUCUGUCCGCUUGUCGGUAUGUCUGUGAAUGCAUCUGUCUGUCUGUAUGUCUGUCCGUAUCCACGUUUGUUCAAUUGUCCGUCUGUCCAUUUGUCAGUCUAUGCACAUGUGCAUCUGUUCGUAUUUCCGUCUUACCGUCUGUCCAUUUGUGCAUAUUUUCGUCCAUGUGUCCGUCUAUCAUGGGCCGUUGGGUACGGGCUCGCGGAGGGGGAGAGUCCGAGGGGGUCAACUGGCGGUCAAUCGGUCUGCCCAGGCCAGGUCCAGCUCACUUCGCCUGUACCAGGAGCAAGACAGGCCCUCUGGAAAACCCCGUGGCCCCGGUCCAGUCGGCCCGACACCCCGCCCCCAGGGUGCCCAUGUUUGCCGCU